UACAGCUCGCGUUCAGAGCGCUUGCUCAGUGGCCGGCGCGUCACGACUCACGGCGUCAGUAGCAGUAGUCAAAAUAAACUCUUAAAGUAAAGACCUCGCGCAUUUUUAUUGAAUAAUGACUUACUGUGCAGUAAAAGGGUGUCCUAACUCAUCACAGAAUACCCAGGAGCAUCAGGACAUAACAUUUCAUGUAUUUCCUACUGACCCGAUUAUUGCUGGUCGAUGGGUAGAACAAAUAAGGCUUAACCGCAAAGAAGAAUACUGGCAACCUAUAAAAUACACCAAGAUAUGUUCAUUACAUUUCGAUGAAAGCGAAAAGUAUUUUACUAAAGGAGGCAUAUGCAAAUUGCGUCAAACUGCUAUACCAACGAAGGGUCUAAAUAUUGUUUGCAAAAAAGAAAGUAUAGAUGAAGACCAAUAUGAUCCUCGCGAGCCGGAUAAGCUACAGCUGCGUCCAUGGUGCAAUGAUGAUGAAAAAGCAAAUAUUAAAAAUCGGACAUCUUCAUCCCAAUCUCAAAAGACAAUCAAAUCGAAACGGUAUAUUUCGUUUAAAGAAGAAAGCGAGGAAAGUAACGAUCUAUCUGAUCGUGAGCCGAAUAAGAAUAAGGGCUUAUCGUGUGAUGAAGCAAACGGAAAUGCUAACAAUGAAACUCUGGGUACAUCUUCAUUUCACCACCAAAAAAACAAAAAUUGCAUAUGCAGCGCUGCGCAUGCGUCAAAAAACUCGGAUCCACGACUUAAGACAUCACGCAAAAGAGAGGCGAAUUUCACAGCCUACGAAAAGAAUUUAUUGGCAAAACUAAUAAAGAAAAAACCAAUCAUCGAAGCGAAAUUAAUAGAUGCCAAGACGGUCGCUAAGAAACAAACAGCGUGGGAUUUAAUAACCAGCGAAUUUAAUAGUAAUGCAAAUGUACAAAAGCGCGAGACAAUCACUUUAAAGUGGGCAUGGGAUAAUAUGAAGGCAUUUGCACGCAAGGCCCAUGCCACUAAAACAGGUAACUUGAUGAGGACUGGUGCUGUACCACAUGCAUCCUCCCCACCACAACGUGAUGCCACAAUGAGCAUGAUUGAAGACGCUGCACCAGAGUUUGUGUGCGAAAAUAGAAAAUCUUUUGAUCAUGACAGUUCAAUCUUAGAUACGCGUAAAGAAUUAGACUCAUUCAUAGAAAAUAAAACUGAUACUUCUAUCGACGAUCAUUCAAUCGACGAGUACGAAAAUAUUGAGGAAACUUCAUCUUCAGAAACUUCUGGUUCUACGAGCCCACAAAUUGAUGAUUCAAAAAGUGAAGAUCGAACUGGCAAAAUAUGUCCAGCAGUUCUUAAGACUACAGGUCAAGCUCGAAGAAGCACAGACAUUCGUCGAAAGGCUGUACUGAGAAUUAGACAUUUUGAUUACAAGAGGAAAAUGGAAAAGCAAAUAUUGAAAACAAGGCUGGAAGUUGAAGAAAUAAAAAAGAAUGCUGCAAUAUUAGUAGAAGAAAGAAACCAAAUUUUAUUGGAAAAAGCUAGGAUGGAAUUGGAGAAAUUAAAAAAAACAAUAUAAGAUAAAACAGUAUGACUAUAUCUUAAAAUAAAUGUAUUAUUUGAUUAA